CUCACCAGAACCACUCGCUGCCGAAGCUGGGCACGGAGAAGACGCCCCAGUGGAUGAAGAUGCCGAACUUGGCCUGGUCGUACCAGUCAGGCAGUGGCCUGGAGUCGAUGGACUCCCAGUUGGACACUAACGGCACCGCCUUCGUGGGAGACUCUUUAUACACGCACGGUGUUCGAGAUGUACGACGCAUGCCCAGUGUCCCGACCUACCCGGAUGUUUUGGUCGCACCAUGCGCGGCUUCAUCGACUGCCACUGUCAUAUCUCCGCGGGAGAUUUUGACAAGGACAUAGAUGUAGUUAUUGAAGACUCCAAACGGGCCGGACUGUUAGCCUUGUUAGCCGUGGCUGAGCAUGCCGGGGAAUUUGACAAGAUCAUUGCGUUGUCGCAGAGAUUUGCAGGGUUCGUGUUCCCCUGCCUGGGAGUCCACCCCGUCCAGGAAGUGUCCCCAGACCAACACCGAAGUGCUUCUCUCCAGGAUCUGGAUGCCGCGCUUCCCCUCAUCGACAAAUAUAAAGACCAGCUCGUGGCCAUCGGAGAGGUGGGUUUGGAUUUCACACCCAGGUACGUGAGCUGCGAGUCGGACAAAGAGGCCCAGAGGCAGGUUCUGAUCCGCCAGGCGCGUCUGGCCAAAGAGCUGGACCUCCCUCUAAAUGUUCACUCACGUUCGGCGGGUCGGCCCACCAUCCAGCUCCUGAAAGACCAAGGUGUGGAAAAGGUCCUCCUGCACGCCUUUGACGGGAGGCCGUCCGUGGCCAUGGAGGGCGUCAAGGCGGGCUACUUCUUCUCCAUCCCGCCGUCCGUCGUGCGCAGCGAGCAGAAGCAGAAACUGGUGAAACUGUUGCCCCUGGAGAACAUCUGCUUGGAAACCGACUCGCCUGCGCUCGGCCCACAGAAGCAGGUGAGGAACGAGCCCAAGAACGCGGCGGUGUCGGCCGAGUACAUCAGCGUGGCGAAAGGGGUGUCGGUGGAGGAGGUGAUGCGGGUGACCUCGCGCAACGCACUCCGACUCUUCCCCAAGUUGAAGUCGGCCGUCAAAUUGUGACCGGCGGCGUUUGGAGUCGCGCAGUCCAUUAAACGGCCACUGGAGGGCAAACUUUG